AUGUCUUCCGCACCUUCAGCUGCUGCCCCCAUUAAGGGCAUGCGGAAAAAUGGAAAAAACUGGCAUGAUACCAAGAAGCCGUUCCGCCCUACUUCGGGCAUGACCUCCUACGCUAAGCGACUGGAAGCACGCAAGCACCAUGAAGCCGUGAAGGAACACGAGAAAGAGUUGAAGGAAGAAAAGGAGGCAGAGAGACAGGCGCAUAUCCAAAGAAUUAAGGAUCGUCGAGCCGCUAAGGAGGAGAAGGAACGUUAUGAGAAGAUGGCCGAGAAAAUGCACCGCAAGCGAGUCGAGCGCCUGAAGCGCCGCGAAAAGCGCAACAAGUUGCUGAACUCUUGA